AUGUCGGACGAUGAUAUGGAAGACUAUGGCUUCGAAUACUCCGACGAGGAGCAGGAGGAAGAAGACGUUGACAUAGAGAAUCAGUAUUACAACUCCAAGGGCAUGCUAGAGGGCGAGGACCCCCGGGAGGCCCUGCAGGGGUUCCGCCAGGUGGUGGAGAUGGAGCAGGACAAGGGCGAGUGGGGCUUCAAGGCGCUGAAGCAGGUGGUCAAGCUGUACUACAAGAUGGGCCAGACAGACAAGAUGAUGGAGGCAUACAGGCAGAUGCUGUCGUACGUCGACUCCGCCGCCGUCACCCGCAACGCCAGCGAGAAGAAGCUCAACAGGCACGUGGUGACAUGUGAUGAUGUCACACCUCGCCCUCCCCUGCUGGACUUUGUGGGGGGCAGCAGCGACACGGACCUGCUGCAGCAGUUCUACGAGACGACGCUCAAGGCGCUGGAGAAGGCUAAGAACGACAGGCCUGCGCCGUUUUCGGCUACAACAGCGGGGAAGAUUCUGUGA